CUCUUGGAUGUCCUCUUGGAACUGAAGAAGCAUAGCCAUGCAAUUAGUCCUGGGGACCCCCAUAGAUUAGAAGACAAAUUAACUUUCCUCUUUCGGGAACCCGAGCCAGUGUCUGUUCUUAUUGGCAUGCUAUGGCUUCGAGGUGACCACGGGUCAGAUAUACAAUCCUGGCUAGUGACCGAGGAUAGGAAUGCUUGGUUGGACACCCCUAACGGAAAAUCCUGGCUGAAUACCUGUGAGGGACGAGAAUGGCUGGAGACAGAUGAAGGAAGGUUCUGGGAGGAAGGUUCAAUGCCUGACUUGCAAUCUGUGUCAGACUGGUCAGAUUGCUCUGAGACCCAGGAAGUGGGUGACGAACUGCAGAUGGAGCACAGGUCAGAGUGGCUGGAGACUCAGGGAGGAUUGGCUCGGCAGGCCGAUCAAAUACCUGAAUUACAAUCUGUGUCAGACUCUUCGGAUUUGUCUGAGACCCAGGAAGUGGGUGACGAGCCGCAGAUGUUAGGCUCGAAGCCGGCUUCGAUAUUCCGGUCGAUGCGAGGUGGAAUAGAACCCUCUAUCCAGAAACAAAGGAGGUCAAAAAAGUCGUUGCGGACUGAGGGAGGACGAAAGUGGCUGGAGACCAAGGGAGGAAGACGUUGGCUGAAGGCUUGGGGAGGAAAUCCCUGGCUGAUGUCUCCGGACGGGUCAGAUUGGCUGAAGACUUGGAAAGGAAACCACUGGCUGAAGUCUCCGCACGGGUCAGAUUGGCUGAAAUCCUUAGAUGGGCGAGACUGGCUGCAGACGUCCCAUGGCCAAGCAUGGAAAUCCACUCCUGCAGGGUCCGCCCGGGUGACUUUUGACGAACUCUCAAGUACGCUGAAAGCGAUCAGCGAGUUUAUCAUUGUCCCAGAAUUGCGUUUGCUACCAACCUUCCAAGUAGUCCAGUCGUUUGAAAGCUUGCCAGAUUUCUUGAUGCUCCCGGCGUUCCUUGCUUUAAGCCGCCAGCAUCAUUCCACUGCAUCAUCAACAUAUCGUCCACCGAACAGGGAGAUCAUCCACGCUAUGAACGCCUUCAUGGCUUUCACACGCAAGGCACAGCACGACAGUCGAUUAUCUUCAUACGCUCUCAAGUACGCCUGUCAAAACUGGGCCACAUAUCUCUUGCGUGCUCCAGAUCCACGGGAUGACACGUCCAACCACUUAUUCCAGGCUUUCUGGAAUCAUCACCUCCUUUCCUGGCUCGAACGGCAAUGGUGCUUGAAGGGUCUGCGGUCUUGCCUUGUCGUCUUAUCUGAAGGGCAGAAAUUUGCUAAGGUGUAUGUGUAGAAUUUUCAACUAGCAACAACUAACACCGCCUUAUACAUAUUCAGUUCCAUGUAUAUUUGAAAUUCUGACCUUCGCCGUCUGAAUUCAUGUAUUAACUAUGGGAGCGACCAUUGCUAGAUAAAACUCGAUCCAGAUGUGCAGAAAUCGCUCUUAUACACUUCCAUGAUCUGACAUUGCAUGAUUGCAUCUGUCUCGGAAUUGUGCAUUCGUCGCGACACCGUUCGAGAUCGAAUCAGACUGCACAGGCGAUUUAGUCAAAAUCGGUAGCAGGUUCUACCCGUGUCGUGAAACUGUUGGCAUACUAUAGUAAAUGUGGAGUACUUGGAUUACGCUUAUGAUAUGUAGCUGCUCGUUGGUAAAGAGUGAA